GGGGGGUAAGAUGAUGCCGAAUUGAGUCAAAAGACGACAUGCACUUGUGACCAACAUGUUUCUCCACAUCCCACUUUCCAGACCCCAAUUUGGGGGCUUAGGUACUUUGUGACUAAUCGCCCUGAUUUAUGUCAAUCCCGGGGUCCUGGUUCUGGUAAUCCCGCCGAGCCCGUCCAACGACGCUCCGCGGUCAACCAGCCACCAGUCUGCCGGAAUACAAACAGAAUGACCAGCACACCAAAACACAUGCGACCAUACCCACUGGAGAACUCGGGAUCCCGUCCGCUCUCCCACUGAUAAACCAGCGAGGGCCAGAGUAGUAGUCGGGUCGGAGACGACCGGCGAAUGCCUGGUGUUGCAUGUUUUAUUUUUGGUGAGAUUUUGUCCAUGCUUAUUGUCUUAUGGAGACUCCUAGGGCAAGCAAGUCAGAGGGUGUUGGUGUUGGUAUUGGUAUUGUGUGAGUGUGAUAGUGAUAGUGAUAGUGUAAGGGAGUGUGUGUGUGUGGAAACAGCCAGCCAUCACCGUGCCACCGCCCGAGGCACAGGAAGGAAGAGGGGGGAGGAACCGGAGACUGGGGACCGGGGAGCCCUCAGCCCCGGUCCGAAGGUGACUCUACCGCGGACCUGGAACCGGAUUCUUCAACAAGACCGAACAAGUCUCAGCCCUAUGGGCUUUGGGGGCCACGGAUUGAUUGGCUUGUGUGCGUUUGCGAACCAACAAGCGUCUGCUGUGCAGUUCCUCAAUGGCGAUAGGGCUGAGUUGCGUGGGGGCACUAGGGGGGUUUCCGGUGGGCUACGGCGAUAGCCUAGUCUCUUCGAUGGGACGCCUUAUGGGCAGUGUAUCGGUAGUUUCUCUUCGUGUUGGAGGGGGAGAAGCUUUACACAUCAGGUUUUU